UAGUGCCGUUUGUCAAACAUGUUGAAGUGAGAGACGUUGACAGGAAAGGGGUUUCUCUCUACGCUUUCUCGGAGGAGCCUAAAUUGAACCACCAAACAAACUGGAGCGUGCACGAUUACUUGAUUCUUGGAUCAUAUAAUCGCAAGAGAGGUUGAAAUUUUGUGUUCAGGGUUUUUCCUUCUGGUUAAACAAGGGUUCAAGUUUGUCCAUGAGAUUGGAAGCUCAUGCUACUAUCUUAAAUCAACUACAAGUUGUUAUGCUUAAAGGGGAACAAAAAGUCGAAAUAUUGCAGCCGGAACAAACAAGUUCUCAGGACAGCCUCGCCCUCAAUGAACCCAAAAUCGGUAAAGAAGCUGAGUACAAUAUUGAGGAAGAUGACAAGUACUACCUUGAAUUCAUAAACACAGAUCCCAGGAGCCUAAUUGCAUUAGUGAAUGUAAGUGUUUCAUCAACGAUGUAUGAUGUUACGAAAGCUAAGGACGUCUGUUCAACAACGAAGGGGUCUUGCCGGCUCAGCCUCGUAUUCCCCAAUACUCACUAUGUCAUACUAACAACACCUAACAAUGGAGAUCUUGGUGAUUGGUACAUCGAGCUUUCGUUCGUGGCUCGCGUAGUUACCUACAUUGCGAUUUUAGGGUUUAUUGUGGUGGUUAUUUUUCUGAUACUGAAAUACCUUGGAGCCUGUGAUGGUGAGGAUCGUACUUUAGUUGAAACAGCAGUGGAAGAAGUUAACGAGACUUACCCUAUAGUGCCGCAUAAGACGAUUCUUCGACAGACAUACGGGACAAAUGAAGAAGAUGAAGAUUCAGGAGCUUCUAGUAGCUCCUCGGAGGAAUUAUACGACGAAAAAUUAUGCGUAAUCUGUUACGACGAGCAGCGCAAUUCCUUCUUCGUUCCUUGUGGUCAUUGUGCCACCUGCUAUGACUGUGCUCAAAGGAUCAUGGAGGGGGAGAAUAAGGUGUGUCCAAUAUGCAGAAGGCUGAUUCACAAAGUGAGAAAAUUGUUCAACCCCUGAAGCAAAGGUCUGUGAAGUUUUGUGGUUAGUGUGAUUGAGAGGAUCUUAUUUUUUGGGUGUGGAAAGAGAAGAGUUGUAUAUGUACAGAAUGAGUGCCAUUAAACUCUAACUUAUGCAAAAAUCCACUGCUUUACUGUUCAAUAAACACACGGAAAUUUUCUUUUUCGGAUCAAGCUGCGUGGAAGAGAGCGAUUCGGGUUUGGUUUAUUUACCAGCAAACACUGGAGCAUGGAGAAGAAGCUGUCUGGUGAACUCUAAUGGAGAUUGCCUCGUGUUUUUGAAAAAUUCAAUCACUUGCAGAGUUGUGUAUAAAUUCUUCUGUCUUCCUUGAGAAGAAAAUUAAUUAUAUGGGAAUAAAAUUAGUAUUAUUGCUA